ACAUUGUGGUGCGAGGCAAGGAGCAACGCUGGCUACGGGGAACUGAAGUCAGGGUUGGCCUUUGCAUGCUCACAUGGAGCUGACUGCAGGGCAAUUCAACCCGGUGGCAGUUGCUUCAACCCUAACACCAUUCAAAACCAUGCUUCUUAUGCCUUUGACAGCUACUAUCAGACCCAUGCCAAAAACCCUGCUGCAUGCAAUUUUGGUGGCACAGCCACCAUUGCCGUUACUAAUCCCAGCUUUGGACGUUGUGUGUACCCACCUUUUUCAAGCACUGAUGGAGGAGUUGAUACAACAAUCACGGGGCUUCCAAUGAACAGCAAGACAUUACAAGACCAGACCAACAAGGAGGAUUGAAUACUGCCCAAGCUAAUCUCAAUAACAUCAGAGGAAUGAUCUACCUGUUAUGUUAUUUUAUGAUACAAACAUUUGUAUUGAGAGAAUUUCUAUAAAUAAAUAAAGAUAUUUUAAUUUA